AUGUCGACUGGUGAUGAAAGCACGCGUUGUGGCAAUCAGACCAAAUAUCUCCGUGUUACGAAUCUGAGCUCCAAGACAACUGACGAGGGUUUGAAGGAGCAUUUGAGUCAGGUGGUGAAGCAGGGAAAGAUUCAGAGUGUCAAGAUAAUAAAGCAGUUUAAGUUUGGGAUGGUGCUUUCAGAGGGUUAUGGAUUUGUAGAAUUCGACUCGGUAGAGAGCGCGACCAGCGCCUUCAGAGAUGUAAAGGGAAUUGUUCUUGAUGGGCAUGGUUUGCGCUUGAGCUUGUGUGAUGCCAAGACGGUUUCAAUGAUGGACAAACCUUGUACUAGAUUAAUUGUGAAAAAUCUACCCUUUUAUGAGGUAGUAGAUGUGAAAGAUCUAAUACAGCCUUUCAGUCCUUUUGGCCAGCUCAAAAGUGUUCGGCUUCCAAGACCACGUUUUGGUGUUGUUGAUUUCGUGACAGAGCAAGAAGCCUCAAACGCCAAAAGAGCAUUGUCAAACACCUAUUUCCAUGGACGCCGUUUGGCGCUGGAGUGGGCCGACCAGGACUAUAGGCUCCCGGAUCGUUCUGGUGCUAAGUAUAUGGACCAAGACAAGGAUACUCGUCCAAAGAAAAGGCAAAUGCUCCACAGGUGUUCAUCAAGUCUGAGAGAUUAG